UACUACGCAACUCACGCUCCUCCCUCCCUUCGUGUUUUCCUCCUCCCGCCUCCGCGUGGAGUUCUUGUUUCGCGAGUCGCCGGCCCCUCCUCUCGCGAUACGUGGCCGAGGAGCCGGGACUGCAGCAGUGCUCCGGCGUGCUCGCCCCUGACAGGAGUGGAGAGGAUGUCGGGGCGCGAGGGUGUUUCUCCCUGAGGGCGCUUCUCGACGUCCCCCAUUUCCCACACCAUCCCCGUCCGCCUUCCCUCCCUGGCGCUCCCUGCAGCCAUGGGCGGUUGCUUAGCCAAGGAGCCCCCGCGUUGAGGCGCUGUCGCCGCCCCUGCCGUUGCUUUCAUCAUGAAGAAGGGGCGCUCUCGGGGGGACAAAGCGGGGCCCUCGGCGUUGCCGACCCCGAGGAGGAUGGAGCAGACUGCCCGGAUCCCGAUAGAGACCUCGGAGAGAAAAAGCGCUUCUUCCGUGGCGAGCUGCGGGAAGGAGACCGAAGAAGCGGGUGGGGGUAGCGCCGCCUACAGGGAGACGCCCGAAAAGGACAUUGUGGCAGAACCGCUUUCUCUGCGCUGCCGAAAACUUAGUAACCCUGACAUUUUUUCAUCAACUGGGAAAAGUAAACUCCAUCGUCAGUUGAGUCAAGAUGACUGUAAGCUACGAAAGGGCAGUUUAGCCAGUUCUUUCUCAGGAAAGCAGUUGCUUCCUUUAUCCACCAGUAUGCACAGUGGAGUGGGACCAUCAACAUGGCAACCAGGUGGAGAAUCAACGAAUUUGGUCCGCAUGAGGAAUCAGUCAUUGGGACAGUCUGCUCCAUCACUUACGGCUGGCUUGAAGGAACUCAGUCUCCCUAGAAGAGGAAGCUUAAUCUCCUCUCCUUUCCUCUCACACUGCCGAGGAAGUGAUGUCCAUCAGCACGUGUUUUCUCCUACGUCUGCACCUGGUCUGCAGCAUCUUAAAAUCCCACUUAGUGCUGAUUGUGCCCUUGCUACUUCUCCUCUAGCGUUUUAUCUCAACCCACAACCUCAGAGUAAUCCUGGUAGCCCAUGCUACAGCAAUCCACUUCAGUGGAGCUGCCGGACCAGUAAUAGAAAAAGCCUGAUUGUUACCUCCAGCACAUCUCCAACACUUCCACGGCCACAUUCUCCACUCCAUGGGCAUGCCGGUGGAAGUCCGUUGGACAGUCCCAGAAAUUUCUCUCCAAAUGCACCUUCUCACUUUUCCUUUGUUCCUGCUCGUAGCCAUGGACACAGGACAGACAGGACGGAUGGACGUCGCUGGUCUCUGGCUUCCCUCCCUUCAUCUGGAUAUGGAACAAACACUCCCAGUUCUACAGUUUCUUCGUCUUGCUCAUCUCAGGAGAAGCUGCAUCAACUGCCCUAUCAGCCAACACCUGAUGAACUUCACUUCCUGACAAAGCACUUCAGCACAGAGAGUGUCACAGAUGAGGAAGGACGACAAUCUCCAGCAAUGCGUCCUCGAUCUCGUAGCCUCAGUCCUGGCCGUUCUCCAGUGUCCUUUGAUAGUGAAAUAGUAAUGAUGAACCAUGUGUAUAAAGAACGAUUUCCAAAGGCCACAGCUCAGAUGGAGGAACGGUUGGCUGAAUUUAUUGCAUCCAGUACACCAGAGAAAGUGCUGCAGAUAGCAGAUGGAGUCCUAAGUUUUGUUCAUCAUCAAGUUAUUGAGUUGGCCAGAGACUGCCUGGAUAAAUCACGUGAAGGGCUAAUUACUUCUCGGUACUUCUAUGAAUUGCAGGAAAAUCUUGAGAAACUUCUGCAGGAUGCUCACGAACGAUCAGAGAGCUCAGAGGUGACAUUUGUAACCCAACUAGUGAAAAAAUUGAUGAUCAUCAUUGCACGACCUGCACGAUUGCUUGAAUGUCUGGAAUUUGAUCCUGAAGAGUUCUAUCAUCUGCUAGAAGCUGCUGAAGGCCAUGCCAAGGAAGGGGAAGGAAUUAAAUGUGAUAUCCCUCGUUAUAUUAUCUCCCAGCUGGGCCUCACCAGAGAUCCCCUGGAGGAAAUGGCCCAGUUGAAUAGCUGUGAUAGUCCAGACACUCCAGAAACAGAUGAUUCUGCUGAGGGAAAGAGCCGGGGAGCAACAGUGCAAGUCAAGAAAACUCCGUCUGAAGAGGAAUUUGAAACUAUUAAACUAAUUAGCAAUGGGGCAUAUGGUGCAGUGUUCUUGGUGCGUCACAGGACUACUCAUGAGCGCUUUGCAGUGAAGAAGAUCAAUAAACAGAAUCUCAUAUUGAGAAAUCAAAUUCAACAAGCUUUUGUAGAAAGAGACAUCUUAACUUUUGCUGAAAACCCCUUUGUUGUCAGCAUGUUCUGCUCCUUUGAAACGAAGCGGCACCUUUGUAUGGUCAUGGAGUACGUGGAAGGAGGAGACUGUGCAACUCUUUUGAAGAAUAUCGGAGCUUUGCCUGUUGAUAUGGCAAGGAUGUAUUUUGCAGAAACUGUGCUGGCACUGGAAUAUCUCCACAAUUAUGGCAUCGUUCACCGUGACCUAAAGCCUGACAAUCUUCUCAUAACAUCAAUGGGUCAUAUCAAACUGACUGACUUUGGCCUCUCUAAAAUUGGCUUAAUGAGCCUGACAACUAACCUGUAUGAAGAUCAUAUUGAAAAAGAUGCACGAGAAUUCUUGGAUAAACAGGUGUGUGGAACUCCAGAAUAUAUUGCUCCAGAAGUGAUAUUGCGGCAGGGUUACGGGAAGCCAGUGGAUUGGUGGGCCAUGGGAGUAAUACUUUAUGAGUUUCUAGUUGGCUGUGUUCCGUUUUUUGGUGAUACACCAGAAGAGUUAUUUGGGCAAGUUAUCAGUGAUGAGAUUGCCUGGCCAGAAGGAGAGGAAGCGUUACCUCCAGAUUCACAGGACCUCAUUGGUAAACUUCUCCGACAAAACCCAAUGGAAAGACUUGGAACAGGUGGUGCUUUUGAAGUGAAGCAGCACAGGUUCUUCAAGAACUUGGACUGGAAUGGAUUGCUCCGCCAAAAAGCAGAAUUUAUUCCACAGUUAGAAUCAGAAGAUGAUACAAGUUACUUCGACACUCGUACUGAGCGGUAUCAGCAUUUGGAUUCUGAGGAAGAGGAAGAUACAAAUGAUGAUGAUCACGUGGAAAUUAAACAGUUUUCCUCAUGUUCACCAAGGUUUAGUAAGGUAUACAGCAGUAUGGAACGUCUUUCUAUCCAUGAAGAGAGAAAAACACCACCACCCACCAAGCGUAGCCUGAGUGAGGAAAAGGAUGAUAGACUAGAUAGUCUAGGUGGCUUGAAGAAUCGAGACCGCAGCUGGGUGAUUGGGUCUCCUGAAAUACUGCGUAAACAUAUCUCAGUGUCUGAAUCCUCUCAUACAGAGAGUGACUCCAGCCCACCACUGACUGUCCGUCGGCGUUGUUCUGGACUUCUCGAUAUGUCUCGAUUUGCUGUUUCAGCUGAGGAAGAAGGGAAGAAGAAAGCACUGGAUGGAGCAUCACUGGCUGUGACGCAGCCACGAGAAGGUCUUCCUUUUCCAAUUCCAGAACAGCCUGUAGAACGGGAACUCCAACUAGAUGAUGAGAAUGGGCCCAAAACACCUUCUUCAACUGUCAGUAGCGUUAGCAGCUCAACACUGUCAGCUGGGAGCACUACAGACUUCUGUGAGCAGCGCACCCGCAGUAACAGCAGUGAGGGCCCAGAAUUUACUACUUCUAAAGCUACAAGUGACUUAGCAGUCAGGCGAGCCCGACAUAGGUUACUUUCUGGUGAAUCAGCAGAAAAGCGGACAUCACGACCUGUCAACAAAGUUAUUAAGUCAGCAUCAGCUACUGCCCUCUCACUUUUAAUUCCCUCAGAGCAUCAUACAUGUUCUCCAUUAGCUAGUCCUAUGUCACCUCAUUCUCUCUCCUCCAACCCAUCUUCAAGAGAUUCAUCUCCAAGUCGAGAAUUUUAUCCAGCUGUUACAAACCUUAAACCACCAAUCAUCAUUCACAGAGCUGGGAAGAAAUAUGGCUUCACUCUUCGUGCCAUUAGAGUUUACAUGGGGAACAGUGAUAUCUAUACAGUGCAUCACAUGGUCUGGCAUGUGGAAGAAGGUGGGCCUGCAAGUGAAGCUGGUCUGCGGGAAGGGGACUUGAUCACCCAUGUGAAUGGAGAGCCUGUACAUGGAUUGGUUCAUACUGAAGUGGUAGAGUUGGUCCUGAAGAGCGGGAAUAAAGUAUCCAUAUCUACUACACCUUUUGAGAACACAUCAAUCAAAGUGGGGCCAGCUCGCAAAGCUAGCUACAAAUCAAAAAUGGCCAGGAGGAACAAGAAAAGCAAAGCAAAAGAUGGACAGGAAAGCAAAAAGAAGAGCUCUCUGUUCAGGAAGAUUACGAAGCAAGCAUCUCUCCUUCACACCAGCAGGAGCUUGUCUUCCCUCAACCGUUCUCUGUCUUCUGGGGAAAGUGUUCCGGGUUCACCAACUCACAAUCUAUCUCCUCGUUCACCAACACAGAGUUACCGAUCUACACCUGAAUCUGCACAUUCAGUUGGUGGAAACUCUUCUCAGAGCAGUUCACCUAGUUCCAGUGUUCCCAACUCUCCUGCCAGUUCAGGACACAUCCGGCCCAGCUCUUUACAUGGAUUAGCACCAAAGCUUCAGCGACAGUAUCGCUCCCCAAGACGUAAAUCUGCAGGAAACAUUCCUCUCUCACCACUAGCUCAUACUCCCUCACCAACCCCACAGUCUACAUCACCACAGCGCUCCCCUUCCCCUUUGUCAGGGCAUUCAGUUGGGAGUUCAAGCAUCAUGCAGUCUUUUCCUGUGAAAUUACACUCCUCCCCACCUCUUGUCCGACAGAUUUCAAGGCCCAAAAGUGCUGAGCCACCACGAUCGCCUCUGCUAAAGAGGGUCCAAUCAGCUGAAAAACUGACUUCCUCUCUGUCCUCCUCAGAAAAAAAGUUACCUUCUUCUCGGAAGCACAGUUUGGACAUAUCUCAUUCUGAAUUCAAGAAGGAGAUGCUCCAGAGAGAUCCAGGUCUCCAAAGCUGGCAGGAAUCUAUGAAUGAAACAACUGGAGGUAAAGUUGGGCUUGCAGAAAAAGGGUCAUUGCAGAAACCUUCUUCUAGAAAACUUGGAGCCAUUCGGCAGGACAGAGUGGAAAGAAGAGAAUCUUUGCAGAAGCAAGAAGCCAUUACAGAAGUUGAUUCUUCUGAAGAUGAAACUGAUGAAGGCUCAGAAGACAGUCAAGAUGGGAGAAGAGUAGACCGACCACCCUUGUGUAGAGAUAGGCAGAUUUCUCAUCCUUUCAGUGAGGUUUUGAAACAUUCUUCCAAUUUGGAAAGCAAAGACAGUAUGGAGGAUGAUGCUUUUCUUCCUGAAGAACCCAAAACUGGCAAUUUGCAGAAAGGGGCAAACCAACAACAGGAUGCUGCAAGGACACCACCAACAAGCACAGAUGAGUUACAAUCCGAGAUUUGUAUAAGGAAUUCAUCUGUAGAAAAAGCUAGUAAUUAUGAAGCAGUUAAGGUAAUAUCAGAGUCUCAAUUGGCAUUAGAGUCAAUACAAGGCAAUAAACAUAAUUGUCAGAAGGCUGCUGAUAGUAAAGAUGCUAAUGACCCUAAAGAUGCUCUGGUUAUCCAGGAAAACACAGACUGUCCAGAGCAGCUGAAGUGCCUAUCAGUGAGAUUCCUACAGCUUGGUCAAGGUGAUUGCUCAGAACUGGCAAAUAACAAAGAUAAAGUGAAGAAAUCAGCUUCUCAAGAAGCUGCCUGCAUAUCAUUUCAUGAUACUAUGGCUUUGUUAGCACUUUCUUCUACUUGCACAGCUAGUACGAGCUCUCUUCCACUAGUAAGCCAAAUAGACUUCAACAAAGCCCCUCCAAAACAGGAAUCCCAGUCUGCCAAGGAGAGCACCAGUAUUCAGAAGCUGGCAGACAGUGGAGAAAUGCCUGCAAAAAGACCUUCUGGUGUUAAAGAACCACAGGAGUUGGCCUCUCCAGUAGUAGUUUCAAAGCAUAAAAAUCAGUCACGUGAUAGAAAUCCAAGUUGUCCAACAGAUCACACUACAGGUACUCCAGUUUUUACACUUGAUGCUCCAGCUGAUGGUGGAACAGCUGCCUGGCAGGCAUUUUUAACAACAGAUGCAAAAGGCAUGUUGGAUCCAGCAAAUUCCAACAUAACUGGCUCAAAAGAACUAGAAGUAACAAGAGAAGAGUGCCCUCAGAAGGAGUUGGUUUAUAUAAAAAAGAAUGUUUCCAAGCAAGGAAUACAGGAGACAGUGAAGGGGUGGAGUUCAGAAGGAGCCAAAUCCUUCAGCAUAGAUGAUCCCCCUAACAUGUAUGGUUCCUACUUUGAAUCAGAAAGCCCAGCAAAGUCUUGGGAGUCAGAAUGUCCAGUGGAAAGAAGAGAGGAGCCAAGACCCGAUAAUUCUAUUGUACCUGAAAUUUUGGUGGAUAGGAGGCUAAUACCUCCCUCUGAAGAUCAGCCCACUGGCACUGCAAAGCAGACCAUUAGGAUUUCUUCUGGACUAGAUAGUAGCCUGAGUUAUAAAAAAGAGAUUAUUUUAAGGCCAGAAGAAAUCAGAGAGGCUGGAGGUCAGACACAAACAAAAGACUUCCUGUUGUCUGAAGGUGAUGUUGUGAAGAAAACAUAGCAGGAUCUCUGCAUUCUAAAACAAAGACAGCAUUAGAACAACAUAGUGUAAAACAGAAAUCUUGUACAUCUAUUUUUUGUAGAUUUGUGUUUUCACACUCUUGCCUUUUUUCAUUCUUGCAGUUCUAUUUUUGUACACCAUCAGUCAUUGGACGCCUCUUAACAGGGUAUCUUUAGAGCAAAAUUACAAAAUUAUUUGCAAAUCUUGCAUCCCUUCAAAAAGUUGCCUAAUUUUUGCAUUGUCCUUCUUCCAUUCAUUUUCCUCAAUUUUUCAAAAUUCCAGAGAACUAUAUUUGCAAAAUAAGGCAACUUACUUGAAAAGAAAACAUUUUGACCAUCUCUUUCAACUUUUAGUCUCUUAAAAGAAAGUUACUUAAAUUUUGAAUUUUCUUUCAGUCAUUCAAUUUUCAAAAUUGAAGAUACAUAUGCAAAAAUGAAGCAGAUCACUGGAAAAGAAAAUAUUUUGACCACCAGUUCCAAAUUUUAUUCCUUGUAUCCAGAAUUUUGGAUCAUAUUUUAUAUUGGCAAAGAAAACAACAACAAAAAACCCAAACCUUUUGAUGGCAGGCUCCUAAAAUUCUUGUUAUGGCAUAUCAUAAGCUUCCAUAUAUUUUUUGAAAGAACUUUUUAAUGUCAGCUUAAGCAAAGCAGCAGUACCCUUUUAAAGAUCUAUUUAAAUGAAAUAUCCAGACAAACCUUCAGUUUGUAUUUUGAUUUAUUUUUACUCUGCUUUUAAAGAAGCAUGACAGUCUAGCAUCAGCCUUUUAAAAUAUAUAAUGCUUGUGGUCUUACCAACCAUAACUUGCUCAGAGCAGAUGAUCACCUCAAAAAAGGGUAAGUUCAUUUAGUCGGUUCUCAUUAAAAUAGACUGCAGCAUUGAGAAGUUAUUGGGGAGCUAGUUAGCUUCUUGUAGAAAGAGCUAACAUCUACCAAAGUGUUCUGUACUGACUUAGUAGAAAGUGAUCUUCAGUAAUUUGUAAGGAAGAGGUUGGGAUAAGCCACUGUACAUUAUAUAAUCCUUAUUACCCUGCAUUUGUUCAACAAAUUGGCUCCUAGAUCCUACGUACAGACAAAACAUUGAUUAUUAUUCAAAUCCCUUUCCAUUCCUUACUCUUAUAACCUCUUUUUCAAAUUGCUUGUAUGUGUGUGUGCUUUUUAAAGUAACUUUCUGAAAACUCUAUGUGGUGCUUUGUCAAAAAGGAUGGCUAAAUGUGUAAUACUUCACUGAUACAUAAGAUAUACAAAUACAGUUAUACACAAUAAGACAGUAUCUGCAGCCUUUCAGAUGUAUUACUCAUUGAAUCUAAUUAUAUUUUAUAGACAGAGGUGGCUAUUUGCAUAAAUCCCAUAAUUCUUGUGAUUUUAACUUACAGCCUUGCCUAGCAGAAUACAUCUGUAUGUGUGGGCAGAGAAGGUAAUUAUUUGCAUAGUCUGUUGUUCUACAUAGACAGAGGUGAUCACAUGGUGACUGUAAUAGCUUUUCGGAGCAAGCACUGGAGCUAAUUACAAUACAGCUUCAUUACUCCGCCAUGCUUUAAGUCUUUUCCUGCACCAUUUCUCCUUGGAGUACAUAUACAUAGUUCUUCACUAGGACUGUGAUCUUAAAACCCUAAUUUAUUAUCAUCACAUUUCAAGAGUUUUUGUUUCUUGAGAGAAAUCCUUGAUUCUUCCCCUCCACCUAAUUCUAGAUUCUUUGGUUUCAGUUUUGGACCAAUUUAUCUUUGACCUGGAGUUCUUUUUACAUUAACCACUAUUUGUUUACAUUUGUGUGAUAGGAAUGUGUGUGUGUGUGUGUUGAUACUGUAAAAGAAUAUCCAUUAGCUUUCUCUUAUAUAAAACUAAAACUUCAAUCCUCAAUAUUUCACCAAUAUUUGUUCCCAGAUCCCACAGUGACUUUUAUUAGGCAAAAUACACUAAUCUCUAUUAAUCAUGCCACGAGCACGCAAGAGCUAGCUGUAUGCUUUUGCAUUCAGCCACAAAUCUUACCUGCCUGUCACUUGCUGUGUUGUUCUCUGGGCAAAGAGAAUUGGAGGCAUCAGUACACAGAUGCAUUUAGGAAAAGGGAAUUGCUGCUCAUAUGAGUUGAUGGCAUAGCUACUCAGAAACGCACAUUAACUUGAAUAAUAUGAGAACAUUAAUUGUAGUGGUACUGUAUGACUUUGUGCCCUGGAGAUAAAUAAUGUAGCUUCAAGCAUACUUUGUAGCACCUGUAUACACAAUAGAGCCAAAGGAUUUAUAUCUCUAGCAUAACCAAAUAAAUGAUACUGGGCACCACAUUUCUGUAUUAUAAAUGCCAUGCAGAUGCUUUUUGAUAUAAUGUCAUUAACAGGAAACUCCUGUAAUUGUUAAAGCUACCAGAAGCCUUCAUUUUUCACUGUUGUUUCAUAGAUUCAUUUAAUUGUGGACCUACUUUGGUGAGAUUACUGGCUAAAGAAAGUUUCAUCAAAACGCAUGUUAACAAAACAUACUUGCUAACAGUCAUGACAUUACUGAGGGCAGAAUUUAAGAUCUUAAAAGCACUUAACAAUCAUCGAGCCUUGCUAGAAGUGGUGUACAAUAGCUGAAUUAAAUUUCAGUUACCUUGGUGAGGGAAAACAAGUGUUGGUAUGACAGUCCACAGUCCACUUAAGCAAGUUGAUGCUGAUUCAGCUACCUGAAACUCUCAGUUGUGUUCUAUGAAUGCAGAACUCCAUUUUGUUAUAAGAUACCUACAACCAUCUUACACCAUAUAUUUUUGUUUCUCUUAGUUUGGAUAUUUGGAAUUCAUUAAUUUUCCACAGUCUUUAAACAUUUAGUAUCCAGCUAAUGCAUUCCUCAACAACGCAGUGCAUCUAAGACUAUCAGAUUGAUAUUUAGUGUAAAUAUUAGGUGUUAGCACUGGUAAAAGCCACUCCUGGGGGAAAGAUGACCAAGAUCUUGUUGUGUCCAUUAUGCUAUGAAGGAAUAUUUGCCAUAGAGCAGGGUAAAGGGAAUCACCUGCUGUCCCCCAACCCCAUUAGCACUGAAUUAAGGUGUGAUUUGAAAUUUUUGUUUGUUGAUUUCCUGUGGGGAGGGUGAUGUCUUCCUCCAGUUUUACUUUACUGGAUGUGAAGGUUGGUGCCGUACUUCUAGUAGAUGAUUUUACAGCUGUGUGCGUUUACAUUGUAUUUUAAUUUUUGUUAUUUUGAAAACUGUGAACACAGCUUUCGUGCUGAGUUCCAAUAUCACGCUGGUGCCAGUUGGCAUCUGCCUAACAGAGGAUGCUGUGGGAUAAAGUGUUUUUAGAAACUUGAACAAUUGCCACAUUAGAGAGGUGCAAUAAUUUUUAUUCAUGUUGUACCUGCAUGUCGAUGUUCAGAUAUUGCUCGGAAAUAUACUUCAUUUUUACAUAAA